GGUUCAACGGCGGACGGAACAAAGGAGCACGUAGUAGUAGUUUUGGUCAUUUUGCCAUUUUUAAUUGUAAAGACAAAAUCAGUCAUCAUCUCUUUUCCUUUUGUCUCUAUCUAUCCUCCCUUCCGCUACAUUGAUCAUUGAAGAGCAAUGAGCAAUUAUGCAGCCGGACUCGGCAAGCCUGGCUCAGGUAAAAGGAGAUUAAAGGAUCUUUUAAAUCAACCUGAUAACCGAGUCUGCGCUGAUUGUGGCGCUUCUGAUCCUAAAUGGGCAUCAACAAAUAUCGGAGUAUUCAUUUGCUUAAAAUGUUGCGGUGUGCACAGAAGCCUCGGCACUCAUAUCUCAAAGGUUUUGUCUGUGACACUUGAUGAAUGGUCAGAAGAGGAAGUUGAUUCCAUGAUUGAAAUUGGAGGAAAUGCUUCUGCUAAUUCAAUUUACGAAGCUUUUGUACCUGAUACAUGCUCUAAGCCUGGACCUGAUGUUAGUCAUGACCAGCGUAUGAGAUUCAUUAAGGCAAAAUAUGAACUGCAAGAGUUUCUGAAGCCAAGCUUGCGGAUUAAAUCCGGGAAACGCUCAACAAAGAGUUCAGCUUUUCUUACAUCAAGUCUUUCUAGAAAGAUCAUGGAUAGUUUUAAAUCAAAUUCAUCAUCACAGAAGAUGUUUCAGGAAGGAAUGGUAGAGUUUAUUGGAUUGUUGAAAGUGACUGUUAAGAAAGGUACUAACUUAGCAAUCAGAGACUUGAUGUCAAGUGAUCCAUACGUUGACUUGAAUCUAGGGAAGCAAACACUUCAGACAACUGUUGUGAAUAGUAAUUUGAACCCGGUAUGGAAUCAAGAACUCAUGCUGUCUGUUCCGGAGAGCUAUGGCCCGGUGAAAUUGCAAGUGUAUGAUUAUGAUACAUUUUCUGCUGAUGACAUAAUGGGAGAAGCUGAUAUUGAUAUCCAACCUUUGAUAACAUCUGCAAUGGCAUUUGGAGAUCCUGAAAUGUUUGGGGAUAUGCAGAUUGGGAAAUGGCUAAAAUCGCAUGACAAUCCACUAAUAGAUGACAGUAUCAUUAACAUUGUUGAUGGGAAAGUGAAACAGGAGGUCCAGAUCAAGCUUCAGAAUGUAGAGUGUGGAGAAUUAGAGCUAGAAAUGGAAUGGCUACCACUUGACCAAUAAUUUUCAUAUAGGUCUCAUAACGUUUGUGUUUUGUAUUGAUUCAUUCUUUGUUUUAUUGUCACGUCCGUUUGUUGGAAAUUUUUCUGAACUCUUCUGUCAUAUUAUACAAACUCAUUUCAGAAGAAAAAUGUAUUUUGAAGUGUAUAAAUAACCCUAUGGAUGAUUACAAUGUUUUGAUUGAUGGAACCGAAGACUCUUCUUAUUCAAUAAUCAAUACACCAUUACUUGUUUCCUAUCAUCAUUUUGAACUCCAGUCAUUGCUUCAAAGCUUGAAACUUCCAAACAGAAACGUCUACAACAUUGUCAAAAACUUCAUCUCCCUCAUUAAUCAAAGAAGCUUACAGACUCUGCAUUGUCCCUUUGUUUUGCUGACAAGACCUAAUUUGCUUUUCGCAUUUCUUCUAAGUCAUGGGGCAAUUUACAGGCACUUGUAGUUUUCUAUCAACCUCACCGUUGUUAGUAAGCAACAAUGACCAAAAAACUCUAAACGCUAUUCACCUUUCUCAUCAACAUUACCACAUAUUUAUUCGCUUCGGAGGACUGAAAGAGUAUU